AGCAUCGCGGCGCGCACCGCCCGUGCCCUUCCUGGCUCGCCUCCCUCCGCCCCCGUGACCCGGGUGGUGCUCGCCCGCGGCCAGCGCCGGAGGGCGCCAGGCCCCUGCUCGGGGCGCCGUGGGACGCGAGGCUCUUCAGCAAAAGCCCUUGUCAGUUUAAAAGAGGGAAGCUUAUCUAACACACGGAAUGAAAAGUACAGCUCUUUACAAAAAACACCUGUUUGGAAAGGCAGGAACACGGGGUCUACUGUGGAAAUGCCUUUCAGAAACUCAAAGCGAAGUCGACUCUUUUCUGACGAAGACGACAGACAAAUAAAUACCAGGUCCCCUAAAAGAAACCAGAGAGUGGCGAUGGUCCCGCAGAAAUUUACAGCAACAAUGUCAACACCAGAUAAGAAAGCCUCACAGAAGAUUGGUUUUCGAUUACGUAACCUACUCAAGCUUCCCAAAGCACAUAAAUGGUGCAUAUAUGAAUGGUUCUACUCAAAUAUAGAUAAACCACUUUUUGAAGGCGAUAAUGACUUCUGUGUAUGUCUGAAGGAAUCUUUUCCCAAUCUAAAAACAAGAAAGUUAACAAGAGUAGAAUGGGGAAAAAUCAGGCGGCUUAUGGGAAAACCACGGAGAUGUUCUUCUGCAUUUUUUGAGGAAGAGAGAUCAGCAUUAAAACAGAAACGGCAGAAAAUAAGACUCUUACAACAAAGGAAAGUUGCAGACGUUUCCCAGUUCAAAGAUCUCCCAGACGAAAUCCCUUUGCCCCUGGUUAUCGGAACCAAAGUUACAGCACGAUUACGUGGUGUUCACGAUGGUCUCUUCACUGGACAAAUAGAUGCCGUGGAUACUUUUAAUGCCACUUAUCGAGUCACUUUUGAUAGGGCAGGGCUCGGGACCCACACCGUCCCUGACUACGAAGUCCUGAGUAAUGAGCCCCACGAGACGAUGCCAAUUGCUGCCUUUGGACAGAAACAGCGGCCUUCUCGGUUUUUUAUGACGCCACCACGGUUACAUUAUACUCCUCCUCUCCAGUCACCGAUUACGGAUAAUGACCCUUUACUAGGACAGUCACCGUGGAGAAGUAAAAUUUCUGGCUCUGACACUGAGACGUUAGGCGGUUUCCCCGUGGAGUUCCUGAUCCAAGUGACCAAAUUAUCAAAAAUCCUCAUGAUUAAAAAGGAACAUAUCAAAAAAUUAAGGGAAAUGAACACCGAAGCAGAAAAAUUGAAGUCCUACUCCAUGCCCAUCGGCAUCGAGUUUCAGCGGCGGUACGCGACCAUCGUCCUGGAGCUCGAGCAGCUGAACAAGGACCUCAACAAAGUCUUGCACAAAGUCCAGCAGUACUGCUAUGAGCUCGCUCCGGACCAGGGCCUCCAGCCCGCAGAUCAGCCAACAGACAUGCGGCGAAGGUGCGAGGAGGAAGCCCAGGAGAUCGUGAGGCACGCCAACUCCGCCGCUGGACAGCCCUGUGUCGAAAAUGAAAACCUGACGGACUUGAUCUCCAGGCUGACGGCUAUCUUAUUACAAAUUAAGUGUCUAGCAGAAGGAGGAGACCUGAACUCCUUUGAAUUCAAAUCACUCACAGAUUCACUAAAUGACAUCAAGAGGACAAUAGAUGCUUCUAAUAUCAGCUGCUUCCAGAACAACGUGGAGAUCCACGUCGCGCACAUCCAGAGCGGCCUCAGCCAGAUGGGGAACCUGCACGCCUUCGCCGCCAAUGACACCAACAGGGACUGAGCGGAAGACGUCGCGGCUCCGGCCGCGGGGGACCCGCUUCGGAGUGUUCCCGCCCCCCCCCCCCCCCCCCCCCCGGCUCCCAACCCCGAGUUACGGGUCCCGGAACGCGGGGGAGGCCGAAGCUCCAAACGAGACACUUGUUGAGGACACUGGGCCGCCUGGCCCCGCGCCGCUGACCAGCUUCGUGCUUAUUUGCCUCUUACCGUCCGGCUGCGGCAGCAUCGCUUACGGCACCUGCUCGGGGGCGGGGAUCUUUCAGCUGAAAACGUCCGGACGCUUUUUUUAACCGCAUGAACUCAGCCCGACACGCAGGCGGCGCCCCCAGCGGAGAGCACGAGACACGGCCUUGUGGCGGGUGGCCCGUGGCCGUGUGGCGGCGCCGGCGGGGAAGCGACGGCCGGGCUCCCCCAGCCGCGCACCCUUCGGUCGGUCGCUGACAGAGCGCGCCCUCGAGGCGCGGAGGCCCGGUCUGCAGGAAGCCGCUGGAACACGGGUGGGAGACGCGGGCCGGACCAGCACACGUGAUAGACGGAGCGCGACCUGGGCCUGCACGUCAUUUGCUAGUAAUAAAUAGUUUAAUUUAUCAUAAUUUAUAAAAGAAACCUCUGUUGUUUGUCUGUCGAAAGAAAAUGAAGGAGCAGGAAACAAAAGUACUCGCAAAAUGGCUACAUUUCGGCAAGUGGAUUUGGUAGGCCUUUUCCCGCCAGUCAGGGCAAAAAGUGCUGUGAUGAAAUGUAUUUAAGAAGACUGACGACACACUAUUUUCAUAUUUUGUUUAUUUGCACAACUCGAACCAGAUUACUGGUUAAAAUCCAACCGUACACGAUUUAUAAAGUCAAAAGAUUUUAUAAGGAAAACGAAUAUAAUAACCAGUGCAACGAAAUGCAGAAAAAAAAAAAAGGUUUGUAUUCGGUCGUGGGGUUUUUUUUUUGGUUGUUUUUUGUUGUUUUUAAAGGAAAACCCUGCCUACGAUGUUAAUCUUGUACAAAGUGUGUAUUUGGAAUUUUCUUUGUUUUAAUAUAGAAUAUUAUAAAGUCAAAAUAUAAUAAAAUUGUUUUCAGAUUUGGAGUUUAAGGUAUAGCUGUAGAGGUGACUUUGAUUCUUUUAGCUGUCCCAUAAAAUAGGACUUUUUAUAUGUUGAUGUAUAAUAAAACUAAAACCAGAUUAUUUUCCAUUUGAAAGUUUUGUAUAGUUUAAAAAUGCCUCCCUAUUCUUUGUUGGUCUUGUGCCACUGCAAACCUUUAGUGCAGAGUUUAUAUUUAGCUAAACAGUUAUGUUAAUUAAGAAAUGCAUAAAUCCUUUAUUCUUAAUAUUUGUAAUUCUAAAUAAAUUGAUCUAUGAAAAGUA